UGCGUCGCCUUUAUGGCACCGAUGGCGCCGCCGGACGCUCACGCCGCGGCUCCGGGCGGCGGCAUGUUCGGUGACGUAAACAUUUCGGCGAUUCUCGAUUCGUUCAGUUUGAGCUAUGACAAAAGAGUAAGACCAAACUACGGAGGUACGCCAAUUGAAGUCGGUGUCACCAUGUACGUGUUGAGCAUCAGCUCUUUGUCAGAAGUCAAAAUGGUACACACAAAAUAUUAA